AUAAAAUAUUUAUCAGCUCGCUGAGCGAAGUGCAGUGUCUCCGUGCCGCUUUUCCCCUCUCCGACCUCCUCCUCCCUCCUCUCUCCUCUCCCUCCUCUCCCCCAAAACCCUAACCCUAACCCUAAGCGACCCCACCGCCGAGCUCCGCCAUUGCCGAUCCACGACCCAUCGCCAUCGCCCGCAAGCGGAGCUCUCGAAUCGCUUCUACUUUCGUGGAUAAUGGUGCAUAGAAUCUGGAUAAGUUGCUAUCUACUUCUCUCAAAUCCAAGAUUCAUUAUUCUUAGAUAAUGAAGCCACGCAUAUGUCGAGUGUACUGUUUUUGAAAUUACUUCACAUGCCUUCCAUGGAGACAGUAUGGUCAGGGGUUUUGUAGAAAUUUUGCUGUCAGAGUAAUUAGUUUAGGUGGCUGUUUGCUUCAUUGCCAAAUAUGGGAUCUUCUGGCUGUACUUCUGAAAUCGUUGAAGUAAAAGAAGAAAUGAAUGAACUUCGUUCUACUGGAUCUGUUCCACUGCGUGUGAAGGUGAAGAGAGAGGACAAGAAUGGUAAAUCUCAUGAUUAUCCUUUAGAAGAUGACCUUGAUCAGCUUCUCAAAGCAAUUGAUGUAAGAACAUCGUCCAGGGUCUUUCCAUCUCAGGCGGGUUCUGACUUGCUGCAUAAGAAUUCCUAUAAAAGGUUUGUUAAAGUCGGGACAUCUCAAGCAUCAGGAAUUGGGAUAUCUGACUCUGUUACCCUUAAACAGGCACUAAGAAGGCUAUGCAUUUCUCAGGCUUCUGAGAUGGCUGCUAUGAAGAGAUUGUCAAAGCCAAUUGGACUAUCUGGAGUUUCAGAAGCUGGAUUGAUUAAAAAGCUCUAUGCAACUGUAGUGGUCCAAUCCAGUGACACGCUAGAUGAGGAAAAAGGUAAUUUGUUAGAAAUAUCCAUCAUGCCUGAAAAAGCUACAGAUGAUUCAACUAGUCAGAAUGCUUCAAUGCGCGAUCAAUCUUCUACCACCGAUAGGGGCACAAAAAUCAGGAUCCAAGAUGUGAUUAGACAGGACCCAGCAGAACUUAGUGAGAGCCCAAAAGCUGCUUUAGAAACAGAUAAAAAGGGAAAAGCAGUUUCAAAAGCUUCUGUUGUUAGCUCUCAGGGAGGUGCUUGCCCAGUCAAGUCUAUAGCAAGUCCACGCCUGGUCAAGCCAGCAUUUCGGAACAAGCCCUGCAUCAAAAAGAAAGUGAAACCAGAACCAUCUUCAGUAUCUAGCUCAAGCAUACAUGUUGAAACCAACAAAUUUGAUUCUCUUUCUAAUAAAUGUAGACUUGGCCAUCAGAAAGAACCCAUCCCCCCAUCAUCAAGCAGUGAGAAGUCUGUUGGUUCUACACUAAUAGAAAGUACAAAUUUUGUCACAAAUGUGAGUGAAUGCUCGAGAAUAAGGGAAAAAGGGGAAUGUUCCCAAAGUUCUAAAAGCAGCAUUGGUGAUUAUAGCAGCAGCACAAGCUUCAGUGACGACAGCCACUGUGGUUUUAGUGGUAACAGUAAUAAGCCUCACAUGUCAAAGGAUGUGAGAUGGGUAGCUAUUCGGCGAGUUGUAAUGCGACAAGGAAGCUUAGGGUUGGAUAAUUUUGAUCUUAUUAAAAGGUUAGGUUCUGGAGACAUUGGGACUGUGUAUUUGGCUGAGUUGAUUGGUUCAGACUGCUUAUUUGCGCUGAAAAUCAUGGAUAUUGAGUUCCUAAUUAGCAGGAAAAAGAUGAUGAGGGCGCAAACUGAGAGAGAUAUAUUGCAGAUGCUUGAUCAUCCAUUUCUUCCGGCACUUUAUGCCUAUUUUACAACGGACAAUCUCUCAUGCUUAGUUAUGGAGUACUGUCCAAAGGGUGACCUCCAUGUCCUUCGACAGAAACAACCUAUGCGAAGUUUCACUGAACCGGCUGCUAGGUUCUAUGUUGCGGAAGUUCUCCUAGCUUUGGAGUAUUUACACAUGUUAGGGGUGAUAUACCGUGACCUAAAGCCAGAAAAUGUGCUUGUUCGCGAAGACGGUCACAUAAUGCUUUCGGACUUCGAUCUCUCUCUCCGGUGCUCUGUGAGUCCCACACUUCUGAGAUCCUCAUCUCUAGUCAGAGAAGAGGACCUUUCCAGAAAACUCUCGGGACCCUGUGCGGACAAAAGCUGUAUAGAUCCUCUGUGCAUCCAACCCUCUUGGCCCCAAGUCUCUUGCUUCACUCCUCGUCUAGCGUCUUCGUCCACUCCAUCCAAAAGCCGUAAACCAAAACUAGGUCUAAGCAACCGUGCAAGCUCUUUCCCACAGCUUGUUGUGGAACCCACCGACGCACGGUCUAAUUCCUUUGUCGGGACCCAUGAGUAUUUAGCCCCCGAGAUUAUACGAGGUGAUGGCCAUGGAAGUGCUGUAGACUGGUGGACUUUCGGGAUAUUCCUUUACGAGUUACUAUACGGAAAGACGCCUUUUAAGGGACGGGAUAACGAGGAAACACUGUCCAAUGCAGUUUCACAGAGUUUGAGAUUUCCUGAAAACUCAAAUGUUAGUUUUCAUGCGAGAGAUUUGAUUAGAGGAUUGCUGGUGAAGGAGCCAGAGAAUAGGCUAGGAACAGUAAAAGGGGCGGCCGAGAUUAAGCAGCAUCCAUUUUUUGAGGGUUUGAAUUGGGCGUUGAUACGGUGUGCCGCACCGCCCGAGACACCGAGAAGCUACGAUGUGGGGACUCCUGUAAUGAUGCGUAAGAAGAAGCAAGGUAAGUGUUUGGCCUUUGGGAGUAAUGAGGAUGUGGAGUUUGAGCUUUUCUAGUGUAGAAAAAGAAAUAGUAAUAUACUAGCACUAUGACAAUAUCUUGUUCCUAGGCCUAUUGUUGUCCUUGUGCGGAUCUUGUUGCCGUAGUCGGUAGAUCACGUUGUAAAUGUUGAUUCUUGUAAUGCAUGAAGCGCUCUUUCGUCCUCAUUAAUUAAUAGCAUGAAUCUGGUGUUUUCAGUCCCAGUAGGGCUCACGGUUUGAGUUGUAGAUGGCUAAGCUCCCGAUUCUUGAAAGUAAGAAUAUGGCUUAGAACAAGUAAUAGCAAGAAGUCAUGAUCGAGUUUGGUGGCGUGGAUUUUCUUUUAAAUUUUUUUACUUUUCUUUUUUCUUUUUUCCCCUUGGUUAUUCUUUUGGAAAGAAGUUUGUUGUGUUAAGCACACUAAUGUAUAUUCUCUUUGAUCGGUC